GGGCCUGGGGCGCCGUGCGCCGGAGCUUGUGGCGUCAAUGCGGCAGCUGUGUCCAUGGAGAGAGGCUGAGGUGGCCGAGUUCCGGCCCAAGGCACCGGGGCGCCGGGACGGCGAGGAUGUCGGCUUCGUUAGUCCGGGCCACUGUCCGGGCUGUGAGCAAGAGGAAGCUGCAGCCCACUCGGGCCGCCCUCACCCUGACACCUUCAGCAGUAAACAAGAUAAAACAGCUUCUUAAAGAUAAGCCUGAACACGUAGGUCUGAAAGUUGGUGUCCGAACCAGGGGUUGUAAUGGCCUUUCUUAUACUCUAGAAUAUACAAAGACAAAAGGAGAUUCUGAUGAAGAAGUUGUUCAAGACGGAGUCAGAGUGUUCAUCGAGAAGAAAGCACAACUGACACUUUUAGGAACAGAAAUGGACUAUGUUGAAGAUAAGUUAUCCAGUGAGUUUGUUUUCAAUAACCCAAACAUCAAAGGAACGUGUGGCUGUGGAGAAAGCUUUAAUAUUUGACUGCUCUGGCUGUGAGCUCCGGGAACACUCAUGGAAGUCCUAGGGCUUACUGAAGAAAUGAUGUGACUGUCGCGUGCUGAAAGGUUAUAAUGUAUGACUGCCUUAUGAGGAAAAUAAAAUGAUGCAUUUUGAAAGUGAA